UUCGCUCCCAAAGCCCGGAGCCUUUCUUUUUCUUUUUCUCUCCCACCCCUCCACCCCCAGUCGUCGCCGCCGUGUUCUCCGUGGGAACGUUGGCGCCUCUGGUAGCGUUUGCGGGCUUGUCCUCUGGCAGCUGAAAGCCUUGGCAAAAGAUGUGGCCGACGCUAUGCAAAGCCCGCGCUCCCCUGGCUCUGAUGGGGUUUUGCUUCGCAAUGGUCGCCAGAUCCCUGCCUCUCACCGAUGCUGGACCACAUGUCAACUAUGGCUGGGGAGAACCUAUAAGAUUAAGGCACCUCUACACCGCCAGCAGACACGGCUUGUUCAGUUAUUUCCUGAGGAUCAACGGCGACGGCCGGGUGGACGGCACCAGCGCCCAGAACCUGCACAGUUUGCUGGAGAUCAGAGCUGUGUCAGUUCGUACCGUGGCGAUCAAAGGCGUGCAUAGCUCUCGCUACCUCUGCAUGGAAGCAGAAGGGAGGCUGCAUGGGCUCCUCAGAUAUUCUACAGAAGAUUGCUCCUUUGAAGAAGAGAUGCGCCCAGAUGGUUACAACAUCUAUAAGUCAAAGAAGUACGGGAUCUUGGUGUCCUUAAGUAGCGCCAGACAGAGACAGCAAUUCAAAGGGAAAGACUUUCUUCCAUUGUCUCAUUUCUUGCCAAUGAUCAACACAGUGCCAGUGGAGUCUACAGAUUUUGGAGAAUAUGGUGACACCAGACCGCAUUUGGAAUCUGAUAUUUUCAGUUCACCUCUUGAAACUGACAGCAUGGAUCCUUUUGGUAUCACAUCAGAAGUAUCAGUGAAAAGUCCUAGCUUUGGGAAAUAAUAACUAGUGCUUCUUAACUGAGCUAUACUCCUCAAAAAGCAUUACCAGCAGGCUAGGGCUGUAUUUCUAGCAGUGAUAUUUAAGACAUGGAGACUUGUUUAGAUGUGAUAUCACCCUUGGUCAUCAAAUAGUAAUUCUAAUACCAAGAGGACUACACACAUGCAUGGUAUUUAGAAAGGCUGCUUCUAAAAUAUGUUGUUUAAUUCAGGAAUGACAAAAAUGCCUAGCAUGCAGGUAUUUCUUCUGCCUUGGAGGAUGUUGGGAAGGAUAAGAUCAUGAAUAUUUUACUUUACUGCUUCAUUCCUUCCUUCUUUCCCCUCUGAGACCUGACGACAGAUGCAACUAAUGCUGUUCAUUCAGAGGGAGGAUGACUUCUUUUCUUCAAUGCAUUUAAACACAUUAGAAAUAAAAGAGAAGCAGCCAAUUAAACUAACUAAAAUGAAAACCACUGGCAAACCUUAAUACACGAUCUCUUCACAAACCUCUAUUGCUUGUUGUAGGAAGAUUAGCUACUGAAAAACAAUUUCUAUCCUUAGGUUGCCUGAUACCGAUGGGAGGUAAUGUGAAUCGCAGUGAAUUGGCAAGCUGUUAUGUUCUAGCAAGCCAGUGGCUUUUUUUCUAUUGAGUUAACUAAACAUGUGAGGGGGCAUCAGUGGGAAUAAACACACUAGCUCUAUCCCCGACACCAUUCUAGUCACUAUCCAUUAGUGAGAGGGUGAAAUCUCUAAAGGGGGGGGGGCUCCUGUGCUUGUAGAAGCUCCCCACACAUUUUCAAACCAUAAAUUUCCAAGAUUCUGAAACACACAGGGAGCCUCCAUGAGUACAGGAGGCUUUCCACUUUAGAAGCUUGCCCUCUAACUGAAAUGGUGAUGGGGGUAGAGCUAGUACCCUCGCCCCUGAUCCCCACCUCAUGUGUUUCGUUAACUCCAUAGAAGAAUGUCUGGUGUUGGUUGCAGACAGAGUAUGCAAACUUUCAUGUUACAUGGAGUUCUUUUAUCAGUCAGAACAGAUGCAAAUAUCUGAAUUUUUUGAAAUCUAACAUGAACUAUAACUAGAGAUUUACUUUGCCUGAUGAAGAAUUUUGUGUAACUAAAAUACUUGCGCACUUCUUUAACAAAAUAACUUGGCCAGGCAAGCUGAGUGUUUUACUUAUUUUGUAAGCUCUGUCUCCUGGUUGGAUGAAUUUGAUUGUUUUUAGAAGAUUAUUGUUAAGAAUUUAUGCUGAAAAUACAGGCAAGCAACAGGUAUCAUCAUAGUCCAAGGACACAUUCCAACCAGGCAAAAGCACCCAAGGAGGGAGUAAAACAAGUCCUGUGAGGGGUGGGCUGGAGGAGAGAGGGUGUGGCCAGGAGAGAGUGCCAAGGGCCAGACAGGGAGAUCUGGAGGGCCACACUUGGAUCCUUGGCCUGAAGUUCUCCACUCCUGGUCGAGUUGAUAAAUCUUGCCUAUGAUCUGUAGGAGAAGCUUUGGGUGUAGUCCAGGUUGUUUUAAAUCUCUACUGACUUUAAUGUUAUGGGAUUAUUCACAAUUGUGAGCAAUAUUUCAUGGAAAUUUUGUAAAUAACAGUUUUUCUAACAUUAGAAUUUCAGCUAGUGAAUAACUAGAUUGUGGAAACUUGAGAAAACAGGCUUUAGGAUAACAUUCUUUUCUUAAUGGUCUUGUAUGUAUAUAGUAGGAUGGCUCUGUACAUAAUUAUUUUCCUAAUGUAGC